AUGAGUGGAGGUUUGGCACCAAGUAAAAGCACUGUCUAUGUGUCUAACCUACCUUUCUCCCUCACAAACAAUGAUUUGCACAAGGUAACAAUCAAUCUCUGUGAAAGUCCAUAAAAAUAACCUCAAUACAGAAAGCAAAACGAACAUCUCACUGAAACAGAGCUUUUUUUUCAUUUCAGCUGUUUACCAAGUAUGGAAAAGUAGUAAAGUAAGUAAAAGCUGAAAUAACUUUUUCUUAGACCAUCCAUGUUUGCAGCAAUGUGCACAUGAGAGUAAAAGCAGCCAGAAUGUAGAGGAGAGUGGGGCAAGUUGAGCCAUAGGGUAAGUCGAGCCACCCCCUGUUGCUUGGAAAUGGUCAAAGAAAUUGAUCAAGUGACCAAAUAUAUAGGAGAUGGGCAUCAAUUCAUGGAGUCUGUGAAGGUUAGAAGCACAUGGGUGAAGAGGUUAGACAUUUAUUUAAAAAAAUAUUUAUAUACGUUUUUCACUCUUGAAAGUGACUUUAGUCUGUCAUAAGUUUUAUUAGAAUUACUCAGACCAAAAAAGAUAAUUUUAAAUUUGUUUCUACAUCAAUUGUGGUAUCUAUGAGCUACAACAUGAGGUCAAAAAGCUUGCAUUAAAGUCCACCAUUUUAUUUUAGAGGACUAAUAAAGUCACAAUAUUAGUUCUGGGGUAAGUUGAGUCAGUGGCUCAACUUAGAAAGUAAAGGAGUCUGAUGAGAGGAUCAGAGUUUCAGUUCAGAUUGUUGAAAUGUGUUACUUUGUCUUUUCAAAAAUACAGCUGUGAAUGUUCUGAAUCACUGAAAGACAUUCUCAUGUUAAAAUGACUUUUUUUUUAAACAGCUGUUUAGCAGUUAUAUGCAAUAAUAAUAAAAAGAAUUAUUGUACCAGUUAAAUGGCAUAUAAUAGAUAAAAAUACACAUGAAAGUGAAGAAGUGACUGUUAUUUAGGAAGAGAGCAGGUGAGGAAGGGCUGAGGUGGAGAGUGGGGGAUAGUAGGGAUACUGCUCAACUUACCCUGCUCCUAUGGUUAACUUACCCCAUACACAGGGUAAGUUGACCAUAGGACACCACUUUUUUGGCAUUCUAUAUUAUUAAGACAGUUAUGUUUACACUCAUUCUGUUGGUUUGCAGGGAUGCACAACAUCUUGAAAUAUAUGCAGAUACACAAGUUAGAGACCAAACUAUGAUUGCCUUGAUGUAGUGAUCCAAAAUAUGUUCUUUAUGGAUAAUUUUUUAAUUUUUUCAUAUUUCAGGGUUACAAUUGUCAAGGACAGAGACACUCGCCAGAGCAAAGGAGUGGCGUUUGUGCUUUUCCUGGACCGAGAAUCUGCUCACAAUUGUGCAAGAGCAGUAAACAACAAACAGGCGAGUCUGCACAACAACACCAUCAUGAUUGUUUAACACUUCUGUUGUGAUCACAAGCAGCUGUGUCAGAAUUAACAUGUUUGUCUUACAGUUGUUUGGCAGAACAGUCAAAGCGAGCAUUGCCAUAGAUAAUGGGCGUGCAACUGAGUUUAUAAGGAGGAGAAACUACACAGACAAGUCUAAAUGCUAUGAGUGUGGGGUCAGUGCAUUAUGGAUACUUUCUUUUCCUUAUCAAAAUGUUAGUAUAUAUAUGAAUCAUCUUUUGAAAUGAAAAACAUAUUUGUUGUUUUGUUAUUUAUGUCACAGGAAACAGGUCACCUGAGUUAUGCAUGCCCUAAAAACAUCCUUGGGGAGAGGGAACCUCCGAAGAAGAAAGAAAAGAAAAAAAGGAAAAAAGCUGAACAACAUGAGCAUGUGUAUGUUGAUCAUAGCUGACAUUAAACAGUGCUGUAGAGUGGGCUGUAUCUGUUUGGUAAUUUCCUCAUCAUUUCUCCUCCACAGUGAAGAAGAAGAAGAAAGCGAAGAAGAAGGAGAGGACCCAAAAUUAGACAGUCUGAGCCAAGCAAUUGCUUUUCAGGUACAACAUGUGGUCAAAAACAAAUAAGCACAUUGUGUAAAUUGGGUAACAGGAAACACUUUCUCUGAAAUAUGUACUGUAUAUAAAUAUAUGUUUUUGUCCCUUCAGCAAGCCUGUAUGGAGGAAGAAGAGGAGAAACAAAGGAAGCAGGCACGUGUGUCUCAAGAGGAUGAUGCUGAUGCUUCAACAUCUACAGACUCUAAGAAACCCAGGAUCAAAAAGAGUGCAUACUUUAGUGAUGAGGAGGAGCUCAGUGACUAAUCAGCAACAUUGGUUAGGGGCGGGCAUCAUGUUGUAAAUACUGCUUUAUUUUCGUAAAAUGUUGCAUGGUGUGUACAUAAAACAUGUCUAUUUCCACCCAACAAAGAUGGUUUUUUCUUAUUACUAUAAAGUGUUUUGUAUUUUCAGUGUUGGGCAAUAAACCUCUCUGUUUAAACAAACAAAGGUAUUGUUAAUUAUGCUGCUGUCCCUUACAUAAACAAAAAAACAGUGCUGUAGAAAAGGUUGCUUAAAGCAUCAGCUUAUUUAAAGCUCCAGUGUGCCAAAUUGCCUCAUCUGACACCUACCCCCCAACAGUGGUUUCAGACAUAAAAAAUAACUGAAGAAAUUGUUACUCUUCUUGUUGAAGGUUCUGCUUGCAUUAUAGGGGCAGAAGGAGACGUCAACAUUAAUUUCUAUCUGCUUCAGAGACAGUCAAAGAUUCCUCAUCAGCUUUAAAUGAAGAAGACUGAGAAGACUCAGAUCAGUAGACAUGUGUAGUAAGAUGCUGCAGAAGUUUUAUCAGUCUGUAGUGUCAAGUGUUCUGUUCAAUGCUGCAGUCUGCUGGGGAGGAAGCAUCAAACACAAAGAUGUAAGACAUCUGAACAAACUGGUGAAAAAGGCUGGCUCUGUGGUUGGAAUCAAGCUGGAAUCAGUGGAGGAUGUGGUGGAGCGAUCUACACUGAGGAAGGUGGAGACUAUUCUAAAGAACAUGGAUCACCCACUUCACAACGAAAGGGCCAAUGGUGGUGGAUGGCUCCUCUCUCUUCACUGCAGGACAGAGAGAUUAAGAAGAUCUUUUGUACCCACAGCCAUCAGACUUUAUAACUCUUGUGUAGCAGAUAACUUUUAGAUUGAAAUGACGAAUAAGACAACAGACAAUUGAAUUUCCCUUCGGAGAUUAAUAAAGUUCUUUGUAUUCUUUUUCUUAAAGUAGCCUAAAUGGACAAAGAAAGUUGGACAAUAGAUCCAGAAAGUCACUCUUUAACUGUCAAUGACUUGAAGACAAUAUGAUCAAUUCUUCAUAUAAAAUGUAAAAAGCAUGUGUCAUUUGUACAUAAACACGUUUAUUUUGUGAGAACAGCAGUCAAACAUUUGAAAUGAUUAAAUUUACGACUCAUAAAAUUGAUGGAAGCAAACAUGGCUUCGCCUGGGUAGACAUGGGCCUGAUACAUUUUUAAUGUGCUAUGUAAAAAUCCUUAACAGCCUGUCUGCUGAGGCUGCAAUAAGGGUUUUCCUGCGGUAAAACACCAUCGUCGAGAAAGAGAGAGAGCCCAGCUGGAUGUCCUUGAUAUGACAAAAGAUGGGAACCUCUGCCGGCAUCAGUCUGGCGCUUUGAGUAUGUGAAAUUAAAGAGGCUGUGGUGGUAGUGGUUCGCUUUGUAAUAUGGAGUUAGAUGCAAGGGAUAAAACGAGGGAUUCCCCGAUGCUAUUUGCGCCUGUGGUGCACACUACUGCGGUAUAUUACCUCAGUCUGUUAGCUCAAAGAUGUGGGGAUAUGAGAGAAACCCCAGCACAAUGAGCUGGAAUAAAUGACACCCCAGCUGAUUCAUGGCUAGAAACGCAUUAUGAGCUUCUGUGGCUUUUGUUGCGUUUACGUGAACACCAAAAUUUGGAAAGCUAAGCGUUUCACGAAAAAGACGCGAUAUUACCUGAUCUCGGUUAAAAGAUCAUAUUCUCAUUCAGGGCAAGUUGUAGUCAAGUAUAAACCGCAGAUUUGAUCAUUUCAUGUUGGGUCAAUGUUAUUUAUAUGCAUCUCUAUUUUUAGCCUGUGUAAUUUUUUGCUCACAGGCGUAGUUUUAUAAGUUUAUUUUGUACCGUUAUGAUAACAUUGAAAUUACAAAGGCAAGUUGCGCCACAUUUAUUUGUUUUAUUCAUAUUCUUGCGUCUUAAAUGUAAUAAAGGUAGAUAAAUUAGCAAAACGAGCGGUAAUGUUGAAUCAAAAUGACAUUUUCACAGUUAAAUAUUAACUAUAUUUCUGAGGCUGAUUGGGAAUGGUGUGUUCCAAUCUAAGUUUCUUCAAAAUAGCGAAUAAAUGCGAUUAUACAACAUUUUAGCACACAGGAGUUUGAGGUUACAGCGGGUUCAUGAAGGCGGCAUAGAUUCAUCAAGAGGAAUGUCAGCCUCGGGAAGUAACCCGGCCUGUGAUUGGCUCCGGAGAGUCACGUGACCAUUUCCCAAGCGGAGUUUCCACGACAGCUGGAAGCCGAGCGGCACAAGCGCAUCGCUUCUUUGCUAAAAUAAUUGGGAAUAAAACGACUUCUGCUCGUCUCAGCACCUCCAGAGAAACCCUGGUCUGGCAUGGGCGACAAGAGGAGUCCCACAAGGUAACCACCGUGUCAGUGAGCCCGAGAUAUUGAAGCCAGUAGAGAGAGAGAGGAGGGGGGGAGAGCGGACAUCGACAAGCGCACGGUGAAAAAAAUGGGUUUUCUCAACGAUCUCCCUCUCUCACUGCAUGUGUGUGCGCGUGGUGGUGUGCGCGCGCGAGUGUUAAAACCUCGUCGCCAAUUACAGUGUCGGAUCACAGCGCGCGUGUAGAUGAUUUCCUAAAUCCUAUAAGCUUCCCCAGAUGUUUGCUAUCGAUAGCCUUCGUGGAUGCGAACUGAACUCACUUUUGUCUUUUCUCGCCCCCUUUUCUUCCUCUCAUUAUUAACAUUCUGACAUUCUCUCGGUGUUUUUAAAUUUCUUUCUCUCUCUCAUCCUCUUUUUUUUUUAUUUUUUUUUACAUUUAUUGUUUUAAAGGCCGAAGCGUCAACCGAAGCCCUCCUCCGACGAGGGGUUUUGGGACUGCAGCGUGUGCACGUACAAGAACACGGCAGAAGCUUUUAAGUGCAUGAUGUGUGAUGUCAGGAAGGGGACAUCAACAAGGUAAGGCGACUCAUAUACAUUACCUUUGUGCUCUCUUGCAUUAGUGGGGGGUCUCUUGGGACUCCCCUUUAGCAAAUGAACAAACUGCUUAACCUCAUUGUAAUUCCUCAUCUUUGAGUUAAAUCUGUAUUUUUACAAUGAGUCAAUUGGUUAAAAUAAUAGAUUUAUUAAAAAAUAUAUUCACCCCAGUUGGCUGCUAAUACUGUUCUACAUAAAAGUCAGGCUAUACACUUAAACAAAUAUGGUAUAGGGUAAUUUCUCUGGUGAUUAUUGUGUUUAUUCUGCAUGUAACCUCAUUGCACAUUAGGGCCCGACCGAUGGGGCAGAUGCUGUUACCGAUUAUUAGGGGGAAGAAAUUUUUCUUUUAAUGAAGUUCUAAAAUGUUGUUAAUUUAAGUAAUAUAUCUACAUAUUUACUUAUUUUUUUUUUAACAAAUGGCUGCUUUUGAGCCUUUCAAACACUUCUUCAAAGAAUUAAAGGCAGAAAACUAAUUUCAAUUCCUUUUUAUUGCUAAAACAACCCCUGGCUAUUUAUUUUAACUGUAAUAAAAAUGAUCAACUAAUGCUUUUCAGCUUAUUAUUCAGACUGUAGCGGGCGAUGAUUAUUUUGUCAGCCUCCAUCUUGUCAAACUCACACACUUGUCAUCCUAUAAAAUAAAUAGCCUAUACAAAUAAACGAAUGACCCAUUUCCGGCCCAGAAGUACCGGAAGUAGCUCGAUCACGUAAUGUGUACUGUUGUUUAUUCUACCGUUACUGGCACGGCUAACAGUGUAGCAAGGCUAAUAGCAGAUGGCUAACUCUAACUUUAGCUUGCAUAUUACAUGGUGCUUCACCGUUAACUCGGCGUGAUGGACACCAGCGCAGCAGGGAACAUCGUGAAGUGGGUUAAACUGAAACUUGUUGACUCAUUGUCUACUUUACAAGCUGGUUUAUUUACCAUUGAGGUGACCGAAGUGAAACCGAAUCUUAUGCUCCGCAUUUUAUUUCUGAAAAUAUCGGCGAAAAUCUGCGAGUUUUGGCCGAUUACUGAUAAAUCUCAAAUUGGCUAAAAUCGGCCAAUUUAACCGGCUCGCCGAUAAAUCGGUCAGGCCCUAUUGCACAUACUUUAUUAACUCAAACGCAACUUUAGCUCCUCUUCUACCAUUUGUUUGAGCUGAACUUGCAUUGGUUAGCAAACUACUUGAUUAUUAAACCAAGAAGAAACUGUUUUCAACAUCAGUUUGGCCAUUCGUCAAGCAGAAAUGUUCUGCCUCCAGCUUCUUCAAUGUUAAGUUUGACACAGUUUUUUCUCAAUUUAUGCCCAAAACAAUGUUUGCAAAUAUGUUUGGGCAAAACAGCAAUUUAUUAAACCUUAUUUACGCUUAAUUUUGGUAAUAAAACAAGUGAAAGAUAAACCUGUUAAUCAUUCAAUUGAUGAUGAAACUAUCAGUAGUUGCAGCCCUGUUCUGAGCACUGCAUUAGUCUUUAUGGUCCAGCCUCUCAGUCUUAACACUGACCUCUGCAAAUUGAGGCAGAGGGAUGCUCACUCCCCCUCUAAAGCACACACAUCUAUCUUGUUCCCCAGGAGAUAUUUAUAACAGACAGGUACUCAAGUAUACAAAUACACAGCACCGACACACACACUCGCUGCCCUCUGUGAUAUUCCCCCCUGACAUUGUUGAUUUGCAGCAGUAUGUCAGUUAUUCCUGAGUGGCAGUCAUUAUCAGGAUGGAACAACAAAAGGCUGAAGGAGAAGAAAUGAAAUCGUAGCACCAGCUGCAGGAAAGCGUGUUUGUUGUUUUCCCUCUUUAAUGUACAGCCAAUUAUCCUCCUCUACAUUAGCACAACUUGAUUUAACUACAACAACACAUCAGAGCAGUUGUUAGCUUUGAUGCCUGUUUUUUAAACUAUGGUAUGUCUCAUGUUGGUGCAUGCACUUUUUGCUAGUGUGUUUUUCUAUGUGUGUGUGUGUGUGUCUGUGUGUGUGUGGGAGGGCUAGUUGUGAAAAGAGGUUGUCAGAGCAGCUGCCAGACAGACAGCCAUAGCUCAUUACUAUGCAACAGCUUAAUCAGCCCUGCUGUCAUCAGAGACACACACACACACACACUUGCGUACAGAUGCACUCCACAUGCAAAUUUUACACAUGACUGCAUACAUAUUCAUACACAAACACACACACUCAAGUGCACAAGUGCUGCUCACACAAACAUAAAGAAUGAGAAGCUUCCAUGCUGUUGUCAUAGAGUUGUGAUUGUUGCAAUUGAGCAUUGAUUGUUGAGGACACUUCAGGGACUCUGCGUUCGCUUCCGUAAAAAACAAGCGUCCUGCAGCUUUGCCAGGAAUCUGUCUGAAUCUUCAUGUCAACGAAGGCAGUGACGCCCUUUGUCUUUCCCCAUCUGGGUUUUCUUUUUUGUUUGUUUGCUCGUUUUGGGAAGUUGGCAAGGACACGAGGACCCAGAAUUCCUUGCAACACCCCCAGACACUCCCUGACAAAUUCACUCCACAAGAAGGUCUUAGGUCUUAAUAACCCUAUGUCCUUCCAACUGCAGUGCUAUAAAAACUGUAGCCUUGUCAUGCUCCUACAGAAAGCCAAACAAGUACUCAGAACAGGCCACACGCGAGCUAAUUCUGCAGCAAAAUGGCCACACAGGUGGUCGCAGCUGUUAAUGACGGAACACGGCAGACAAGUGGAUUUCUGGGCGAGCAAAGCCGAAGGUGCUAAAGGGCAAACAACAUGUGGAAUAUUAAUGGAGCACGCUGAAAAUUCUCUCACCGGCUGCUAAAUAAGCAUGACUGCGCUAUUACUGUGAGGUAAUGAAUUAAUGCUUGACACAGAGCGUGGAGAGCCCAGUGGUUGGUGGACAUCUCCUGACGCUUGAAGGUCACAGGUUUGACAGGUGGAGGAGAUGCUGUGGUGUCAAUUCAUCACUUGCCAUCAAACCCAACCAACAGCAGAACAUUUUGACUUUCCUUCGUCUUUAUUAGAAGUCAAGUAGUGACAGCUAGACAAUUGCAGGCCAUAGUUCUCUGUAGGGUCAAGUGUACUUUAGCAUAUUAUAUCACACUCCAUUGAAUGUCUUAGUAUCCUAUUAAAGCACAUUACAUCAACAUGUAACCUCUCCCAGUGUAUCAUAUUAUGUACCCAAUUGAAUCAUGUCAUGUACUGUACAGGAUCAUAUCGUAUGGCAUUUUAUCAUGUUGAGUGUGGCAUUGCACUGUCAUACCUUAUCACAUAGUGUAAUAUUGCAUACGAUGCAGUGUUAUGUAAUAUUGCAGUAUUUGUUCUGUACCACAUUGCAUUGUCUUGCACAGGAUCAUGUCAUGGUAUAUGUAUCAGUGUCUCUUCUUAUCAGAUUUUAUUGUGAGUGUAAAGGUCCUUACACACCGGGGCCGACACAAAUGUAGAACAUGAAAUAUUCGGAGGCGAUUUUUUUGACAUGCCCAACUAUGCACAUCAAGCCCGAUGUGAUUUUGCAACUUUCCGGGGGGGAAAAUGACGCAUCCCGAGUGGAAGGGAGAAGACUGACUGUUUUUCAGUUCUCAUUAGACUCUAGUGUUGAGAUGGCUUUCUCUCAUGAUAGCAUGUAAUGAGUCGGGGCCAGUACCAGAUAAGCACAUUUAACUAUAAUCCAUAAAAGUAAGGUAACAACUGAGACCUAAUGGUGCUGUGACAGCAAUGCAAUUGAGUUUGAGACAGUGAAAAUACAUCUGGUAUGUUGUAUCUGAACAGAUUAGCUUACGAGCUAAAGUUACUUAGCACAGAUGAAAGUUAAAACAAAGACAUUUAGCAAACUGUUAAAGCACACAAACCAUCGUCAUAUGAGAAAUCCGACGCUAUGACUCUCCACAAGUUUUCCUUCAGGUCGUUAUUUUUGUAAUGUUUGUGUUUUUUAUCAAAAAACACUCUGUUCUCCGACACAUAAACAAUCAGCCGGUUGGCCAUAUUGGAUAUACCAGUGAAUCAGACAUCGCAACAACACGCACUCUGAUUGGCCAGAAGUGGAUACACAGUAUGCGAAACUUGCUGAUGUGAACACUUGUAUUGACAGGAUACAGGUUGGAAAAAAAAUGUUGACGUCCUAAAUAAUCGCACGACAAAAACGGUUCCAGUGUGAAAGGACCUUAAGACUCGUUUUGUGGCAUCCUGUUAAAAUAUUUCGCCACUAAAAGUAUUUUAGGAGAAGAUGGAGGAAUAGAAUUAGCAUGUCAAUCAAACAGUCUUAUUUAUACAGCGCCAUUUCCCUACUAAUGUUAUCUCAAGAUGUUGAACAAAAAAGCUGGACUAGAUUAUACUCUUCAUGAUAUUUACAAAUAGAAGUUGAUGUAAAUAAUGGGGGUUUGAAUUGGAAUGAUUGAGGCAGAAAGAGUCAAAAAGUUUCACAAUGACCAUUUGCUUUAUAAAUAGAGAUAAUAAUGAUAUACGCAAUGAUAAAAGUAGUAAAUAAUUUUAGCUUUGUAAGUGUUAGAAUUAGCUCAUUUCUAGAGGUGAGGUUUGCAGAUCUGCGGGUUCAGACUUCUUUGAUGUCUUGAGAUGAUCUACUGCAGGGGCUCAGAGCUGCUGGGCUGAUUGAGAGCACUGCAAGUUGGGCUUUAGACAGGGACACAUCAGCAGGAUUGGGCUCACGUAUCAGAGGAGGUGGAGUGAAAGAGAGAGAGAGAGAGGGGGACAGAUUGACAAUAAAGGAGACUAGCUGAUCUGUUGUUUCAUUAAGUGUGUCAGAGGCAUGAAAACCUGCACUGAAAACACAAGCAGGAUCUGCACCCGCAUGAUAGAACAGAAAUGGGUGCAGACUUGAUGCCAUUUUCGUAGAUAAAUAGGGAAAAUAUGCUGUUCCUCCAAAGCAAGCUCCCUGCUAGCUCUCAGUAUUUAAUUAAAGCUGUCUUAGAGGAGCUCUGGGAUCACAGCCUCAUUACCUUAAGUCUUUGAUGGGUAAAAAGUAGGAGACAUUUUAUCUCCUCUUCCCGCUGCAUGGGCUCAUUUAUAGCCAUAAAAAAACAGCACAAUGGUUUUGUGAGUGUAAAAAAAGCCGUUAGAUAAAGGACAGGUCACAGGUUUGAUUCCUUCAACCAACUAAGACACUCACGGCCUCCUAGUGCACCCAUUAGAACAUGUCCUGGAUUAGGGUGUCACCCUAAUGUUUAAAGAUGGAUGAUCAGACGUGUUUCUGACUUAAUGCCUCUGUCUGGGUUUCGCAGUAAAGGCUGAAAAAUCUCAUGUGAAGCGGUGCUGACAGACAGCUGUUAAACCCCAACCUGAACACCGCCCACAGUCAAAUACUACUGGGUGUAAUAGAGCAGCGUAUGUGUGUGUGUGACCUUCUCUGGUGUCUCGCCUACACCUCCUGCAUCUGUUCACUGAGCUGUGACAAGUCAAGCCCACCAGGGAAACACUCUCUGCGUGCACGCAGGAGAAUUUUCAGCAGCAGUAUUUCUGCAGGUCAGGACAGUGAGUCUGAUCGUGUUCAUAACAGUAUCUCGUCUUUCCCUAACCCUAUCCAUCCCCGUUUGUCUUGCCAUCUCUACCCCAAACUGGAACUUAACCUGGGGCAUCUCUCUGUGACAGAUUGACUGAUGUUCAGGUCUUCAUCAGCUUCGCCCAAACAAGCAGGAGCUGCUUCGUGCAGGCUGGGAACCUGUCAGCGUUUCGGCUUUUCAGAUGUUGUUUUAUCAUCCUCCGCACAAGCUCGCCCUCACAGUUCACAUAUAGUGCACACACUAAGUAUUUGGACAACAUAAUACUGAGAGUCAUACGGGUAAAUUGACUGCAAAUGAGCUGACUGUGUGCACUCAAAUGCAGGAAUAAAAACAAUUUUCGAGAGUGGAUUCAUGCUUACAAAUAAAAUGAAAACCCAGAGAGGAAAUGCCAGGCAAAAACAUUCUCGUCAAACCUGAUUCAUCUGAUCAAAGUUUCUUUUUAGUGCAAAAAUAGAUAAGCUCAGGAACAUAAAGAUGUAAGAUCUGACCCUCAUUGCAAACAUCAGUACCAGUACUAGUGCACCAUAUUACCGAAAAACAACAAUAAUGGACCCUAGCAGAUUUCCAUCGUGGUUAUCAGUCUGAAUAUGUACAACAUCAAUUUUGAACACUGGCAGAAGGUUGGUAGACAAAUGUAUCUCUAGAGUGGGUGGUGAACUCUAAACAAAGCCAUACAGGACUUAAAAUGUAAAAAGGAAAGGCUUAACUUCUUCUAUCUUUAUAUUCUCUCCAUAUAUCUGCCCUCAUAAUGUGUGUGCAGCAGCCGUGGAAUAGUAAUAUACAAUGUAAUGUAUAUUAAAAUGCUGCCUGAAGAGAAAUGCAUCCAUCUGAGAUACAGUGUAAAAGGAGAAUUAGCUGUAAUCUUCCUCUGUGACUUGAAUUCAGAGCUUCAUUUAUUAUUGAAAUCAGCUGCCCUAUCCUCACAUCUCCACUAAGCCUAUCAUUAGCUCUUGGCGUUCAACACUCUUAGCUUUUUUUUCCACAGCCUUUCACAGGGUCAAGAAUCAAAAUGUCAACUCCUGGCAACACGCACGGGAGUGAGCCAAAUGUUGGGCUUUUUGGGUGUGUGGUAAUUAAGCUGCCAUGUUUGGGAUAAUGAUCAUUUCCCCCAGUUUUUGUGAUAACACAGAAGUUGCCAUUAGCGGAGAGCAGCACGUUUAAUGAUCACCUUGGGCUCGUGUGUUGUCAUUAAGUGCUGGCGUGGGUCUUGUUUUGUGCUCUGCGACAACUUUGGAUCAAAAUUUCAGGUCAUGUAUUCAUUCAGAGAAGUAUUUAGGGCGUAAACACCUUUUCUGGAGAGAUUUCUCGCUUGUUUGAGUGAUUAUGUGGGAAAACAUCCUUGGAGUAGGCAACAAUAAGAGCUCAUGAGGAAGUUUUAUGAACUGGUUGUAAGCAGGAGUGACAAAAUCUCAGCUAUUUGCAGAAAAAACUGUCCCAUAACCCGCAAAGAUAUGUGAAGAUUUUGAUUGAAAUCACAUCUAAAAUGGGAAUCACCCACAUAAAACUGACUCUCUAUCACCGCCAACGUUACAUCAUCCCAUCUAAAUUAUUGCAUCCUCUUUUAAGUCACAAUCAGUGGUGUGUGUUACAGCUUUUAGUGCCUGUGCAGCAUACAAACUGUGUUCACCCGGGACAAUGAAGCUGGCUGUUAUCACGUCACUCCGGCUCAAGAAUAUGGCUACGUGAUAAGCCUGUAAUUACUUCUCUGACACUGAUGCAUGACAUACUGCUCCAUGUGUGUAUGCAGGGAGGGUGUGUGUGUGUGUGUGUGUGUGAAAGGAGAACGCAGUAUAGUGUGGCUAGCGGACUGCAGAAGGUGUCAUAAACCACAGGACGUGGAGCGCCAUCUGCCUCGCACACACGCACACACACACGGAGCUAGCAUGUACAGGCAGGAAGAGACAUUAAUCAUCAGGUUGGAGGAGCUCCCGGGAGCAGCCCAUGACCCGCUGAUAGAAAAUCUGAUACACACCUACACCUAGAUUGCGAGAGCGUUCAACAGGGCGUAAAAUCAGCUCUUUCACAAUGAUCCUGCAAUCAUCACAGAACACCGAAAUGAGCUUUGUUUUUUUUAUAGCAGCACAAUCCUCCUCAGCUCUUAUUUGCAGUCCAUCAGUUGUUCUGUGGGCUGUUUGCUCAUCACACAAUGUACUCAACAAAUGUUAGCAGGCAGUCCAAACAUCUGCUGAGAUAUCUACUUGAUGUCUUGGAUGUACUCUGCAUUAUGAGUUCCAUGGAAGAACACGUUGGGCCUUGAAAGUAUUUAAAAAUAAAGACCAAGGCUAAACUGUAUUGACUGUCAAAGCAAGACCCUUUGUUUUUAGUGUAACGCUGCACCCACAUCUGUGCACCUCAUUUGUAUGGAGCUCACUGUCCUUCCACAAACACUCCACCCCCUGAGGUUCCCCUGCAGUGGGUGUGUUAGUUUUGUUACAGCACCACUGCUCAGUUUUAUUAGAGUCUGUCCACCCAAAAUCAUAAUAAAACUUGAAUGGUUUCUUCCUAUAGAGGGGAGAUAAAACAGGAGGCAGACAUUUGUGCAUUCACUCUGGAAAGAAGCCCACAAGGUUUAUUUGGAAAUGUGAGAAACAGUGUUGGCCACAGAGCUAAUAAUAUCUGUUCAGGGAAAACAAUGCUUUCUCAGUUUGGUGAUAAUGCCUCCCAUGAUAAUAUAAUAGGGCUGAAGCUGCUUUACAAAAAUAGAAAAUAGAAACAGAUGUCUUUAAACUAAUCAUCAGCACUCAAAGCUGAUUGGAUUAUCUGAAAAAUGCUUUUUCCACAGAAAUGAAAAAGGCUGUUUUAUUUGGAGAGUUGGUUGGGAAAGUUAUAGUCCAAAUUGAUCAUAAGUCCUGAGUUUCAUCAGCCUCUUUCACACAUGUACCCCACCCUCAUUGUACAUUUUUCAAUGCAAAAAGCAGAAUUUUUAAUGCAGAAAUUUAUACUCUUUACCACUGGCAUCAGUUUCCUGUUAAUUGUUUUCAAUCAGCCAGUCUUUAUUUAUAUAACCCAGAGUCACAACAAUUGCUAUCCCAAGACCCUUAACAUAAAGAGCAGAUCUAGACCAUACUUGUCAUAUUAUUUAGAGCAGUGGUCCUCAAGUCCAGUCCUCGAGGCCCACUGUCCUGCAUGUUUCCCUGCUCCAACACACCUGAUUCAAAUGAUCAGCUCGUUAUUAAGCCAUUACAGAGCUUGAUAACGAGCUGAUCAUUUGAAUCAGGUGUGUUGGAGCAGGGAAACAUCCAAAACAUGCAAGACAGUGGGCCUCGAGGACUGGACUUGAGAACUACUGAUUUAGAGUACUUGUGCUGCGUUCGAGUUACCUCGGAAGUCAGAUGUCGGGGCUGAAAAUGACAUCACACCCGAGUUACCAGUGUUUCUGUUACCAAGUCUGAAAAAGCAAAAUCGGAGGCGGAAACAAGAUGGCUACAUCUAUGAAAAGUCUACGAAAGUUAUUUUAGCGCUUGGGUUGUCCGAUUAACAGGGCAAGCGCUAAAAUAACUUUCGUAGAUGUAGCCAUCUUGUUCCCGCCUCCGAUUUAGCCUUUUUCAGACCUGGUAACUGUAACUCUGGUGUGACAUCUUUUUCAGCUUCGACAUCUGACCUCUAAGGUAACUCGAACGCAGCAUUAGUGUCAGCUGUGCUUUGUUUGGGUUUUUUUGCUGCUGCUGAUCUCCUUGCCUUACCCACUGCGGAAUGCGACGUCAAAUUGACAUCUAUUUAACGUAUUUUUUCGACAAUGAGAUACAAAUGGACGUCAUUUCAACAUUUAGAAGAGGUCCAAUAAUGACGUUUAAGUCUUGGAUCUAUUUUGCACAUUGUGCCGACGUCUAGAUAAAUGACGUCCAAAUUCUAAACGUCAGAGUGAAGUCUCAAAAAGGUCCCAUUUGGACGUUGAAAUUUCUAACCUAUUUUGCACAUCGCACUGACGUCUAGAUGUGGUCUGUGAUGGACCGACCCAGUACUGACUUGAUCUGCACGUCUCUUCGACGUGUGAUGUUUGGUGGGUAGCUUUUUAUCCCAUGUAAGCAUGUCAAAAGGCAAGAGGCUCUCAGGACAGAGCCACACUGGUAGAUAAGUCCAGAGGAUUGGGGCCUUGUGCUUUAGGAUACAAUGAUCAGGCCUGCAUGCUGGAAAGGUUUUCCACUGUGGCGUCUGUAUUUCAUUGGGGAUAUCAACACAAACAGCCCCUGUUGCAAAAGAUGGCUGCUCCUCCUGCACGCUCCACCCAGCCGUCCUCGCUUACCUAAGCUAAAUGAUUACACAAAGUUUUGAGGGCAUGUCUGACACUCUGAAAGUAUCAGUGUUUCAAAGUCCUGAAAGUGUCGAGGAAAAGUCAGGAGUUUUCAGGUCAUGCACUGAGGUUGAUUUUAAACAUAUAAGAGCAACAACACAAUGCUAAAAUCAGACAUAUUGAAAUAGAUCGUAGGUAGAGAAAACUCAUCUCUGUGUUUCUGCGCCCUCUUUUUCAAAAGGAAAUGAUGAUUCAUCUUUGAAUAGAUCCUGGCUCUUGAACGCUUCCACACCAUCUGUGUUGGUCCCUGAGUCUCUUUUGAGUUUCGGCGUAGGUGACCCGGUUGUCUGCUGUGACAGAAACGUGACAGCCCAGCCAAAGAAGCCUGAGUCAUGAGCUGACCCUCCUGCUGAGUUUUGCACUGGCAAAUAUUUUCUGUCAGUUUGUGCCCAAAUUCAAAGCAGAGGGGAUUUUUUUUUUUCCUUUUAGCAGUCGUUUUCUGACUGUGCUCUCCUCUUUUUUUCCUCAUCUAUUGAGUGCAGGAGUGAGGUGGGAGAGUGCGGGAGAGGUCAGUGGGUGCACUGCGAGAAAGAGGGAGGAGGUGUGUGUGUGAUGUAUUUGCAAAAAAAAAGGGGUCAGCCAGAGUUCCCCCUGUCAGUGAAAUGUGAGGGAUCAGCGGCAGUAUUUCGUACACCCCAACCUCUCCAGUCUGCAGGAAGAGACGAGCUGGAGUUAAAGUUGGAUUUGAAAGUAAAGCCGUUAAAGCUUUAGAGGCUCCAAAUGAAGUGUGGCUUUUUUUGUGUUUGUACAAGGUGGAAGACUGAAGAAAAAUGGAGGGAAAUGAUAGAUAGCUGGAGUAGAUUCUGUGUGUGUAAAGAUGCCAAAAAACAGAGAUGGUGAUUAAUAUCCAUUGCCUCAAAAUUCAGUGUGUUUUAGCCUUCCUCAUAACAUCCUAAUUUCCCAGUAUGAGACUCCAUUAGCUGCUCUAUAAUAGAUGGCAUGUGUGGAGCAAAUAUUGUUUGGAACAACAGCUCCAGCACACAGUAUUAAUGUCAGAAAGACAAGGCCGUUACAUUAGGCUCAGAAAAUGUUGUUGGAAUCAAUAAACACACACACACACAAACACACACUCAGCUUGCAGAUGGGUGCCAGCAGCAAAAGCCUUGGUGCUUAGAUAAUAACCAUCUGAUUGGGUUAACAGAGGCAGCUCUGUUUAGACCCGCUGCUUUGCCUCACUAUUAUAUUAUGCUGUCCGUCUCCUCUUUCACCUCCAGGUUAUUGAACCGGCUCUAUUAAGGAAAAUAUACUCUGUUCCAACACAUGAAGAAGACAAGGUGUACAAAAUGUGUUUAUGUCGGGGGCACGGAUUCUUCUCACAGCUAAGUUUUAAAUAGAAAGCUCAUGAUUCGCCUCGGGUGACAUUUUUUCUUUAUCGCGCAUCAACAAAAAUCCACUAAUGAGACACUUGUGCUUUUAUUAUAAACAGUAAAUCACACAGAGAGCACAUGAGCACCCUGAGCCCAAAUUAUCAAUCAAAGAGGAACCAAAAAGAGGUUAUGAAUGAGGCGGGCGCUUGUUUUUGUUUUUCAUUUUUGGAAGCUAGAACAUUUGGCCCAAGGGGCAGGAUCAGAUUGUGACAGUCGCUGGUUUUGUUUGUGAGAAUUUCAGAAAAUUUACAAAAAAGAGAAAAAAAACAGGACAGUUGUUUCACAGUACCGGGGUAUAGGAUGUCAUGGAGUGAAGCGAAUUCCUCAAACUGUGAACAGAGGACUCUGACAGGUCUCUGCUUUUAUUUUAAAAAAGGUGUCAGCAGUUCUGCGGAGUCGUGCUGACAAGACAGACAUAUUAGAGAAUCUCUCCAUCUCCUUCCUAUCACACAGUUAUGUAGGCCAAGAGACCCAUUUGCAUUUCACUCUAGCCUUUCUCUAGCAUUACUGCACGUUCUGUGAAGGCAGUGAUAACUCUGAUGGAAAAAAAAAACUGACUCUUUGAAGCUGGGCCCCAAUUUAGGUCAUCCCAGAAUUUUUAAACAACAGCUUUGCCCUUAGAACAAGACAGGAGACCAGCAGCUCAAAAUAUUCCCCCUUAGAAAACGAGGGAGAAGCCUCUAAAUCGAGCUAAAUAGGCCACUGAGGCGCUUUUUGGCCCAAAAAAAAAAGUAGCACAUUGCACAGCAACACCAGGUGCUCAGACUAAUUUUGUGGAUGGAUUUGUAUCAAGUCGAGCACAUUUGUACACCCUGUACUUUGUUAAACUCUCAGAAUUACAUUAGGUAAGUGCAAGGGGACAUUUAUCACGGAGCACCUGGAGGCCAAUAUUUUGUAAUUGGAAUACUUUUCUCAAGGUUCACACACAGGUUAGCACACUUGAACAAAGCUGUUUCACAGAGUCGCAUCGGCAGUGCGAGGCUUCAUUUCUGAGCACUGUUUGCAUCUUUUUUUUUACCAGCUGUAGUAAAAAGAUGACACUUUUCAUCCAUUGUUUAUGGGUCCUUGUCUGUUUUAAGGUCAUAGAGAAGGAGGUCAAACAGUAAAACUGGCAGAUGAAUCAUGAAAUGUGUUUUUUUUUUCUGUAUGAAUUUUCAGCUCCAGUUACAAAAUUCGACCUCUCAACAGGACUCAGAAAACACACUGCGCUCUUCUGCUCUUCUCAACAUGCCCUCAUGCUUCAUCUGCUCACUGCUGCGCUCAUGUUUGUGUGUGUGUCUGUUUGCAUGUGUGCACAGCCAUGUGCCAGAAUACGCCCCGGUGUUGUGGAUUAAUUUGUUCAUAAAGCAUGCAUACAUUAUCAUGUGCAACCAAUUUUGAUUUGCGCACUCACUGCACCUUGCCUAUCGCUGCAGUAUCUGCAUGCAGUGAUGUGCAUUAGAGCAUUCAGACUAAUAUAACUGUGUCUAUGCACAAGAGUGUUUGUGUGUGUGCAUGCAAAAUCAGGCCCUAGAUGUGUAGGCUCCUUCAACAGAUGGCCUUUUCAACACACUUGCCUCUCGGCUGGGGCUCUUGCCAGCCCCCAAAACACAGGCAGGCGCACAGAAACACACACAUACAUACACACAAACACACAAAACUGGAGUACAGAAAUAAGAUUGCAGCCUUCUUGCAUGCAGUGUUGCCAGAUCAGUUGCAUAAUGUAUCAUUUUGGGACAUCUGAAACUUGAGGAGGAUGGAAAUGUGACUGUGAGGAGGAACAUUUCACAUGAAAAAGAGGCAUUUAGUCAUAAUCUAAUAAUGUGCUUGUCUUUUGUUAAUGUGCGCUUGUGUUUAAAAGAGCAUCACCCCCACUUAUCAGGCUGACAUUGCUAAUCAGUGAAGACUUUCACCCUGUCAGUAUUAUGAAAGAUUUAGGAGAUAAAAAAAAAAUUCUUGACAUCAAUCCAAAAAGGAUUAAAAAUACAGAAAUGUCGACUCUCUGACAAAACUAUGUUCAUUUAUGCACUCAGUUCUGCUCUGUGGCAUAGAGGUCAUCAGUCUGUGUCAGGAAGUCCGGGUCUCUUUGAUAGCUCCUUCAGCUCGUCUGUAUGGUUGCUCUGGUGUCUCUCAUGUUCCUCUUGACAAGAUCCUCUAUGGCAGUGGUUCUCAAGUCCAGUCCUCGAGGCCCACUGUCCUGCAUGUUUUGGAUGUUUCCAUGCUCCAACACACCUGAUUCAAAUGAUGAAAUCGUUAUCAAGCUCUGUAAUGGCUUAAUAACGAGCUGAUCAUUUGAAUCAGGUGUGUUGGAGCAGGAAAACAUCCAAAACAUGCAGGAGGAUAGCAAUACAGAGAGCCACGCGCUCAACCAAAAACCCACUCUAUAGCCACAAAUAAUGCUCAGAACAGCACCUAACUUCAUCAACAGUAUAUAUAGGGUCCCAGCCAUAGUACUAGCCACCAAACAUCUUUUUAACUUUGCCUUUAACAAAGAGACUAAACACAACUCACCUACUCUCUUCCAGCAGCCGCUUGUUUGUAGCGAGACCUCCAGGCGAGUCCAUUACUGCAGCGGGAUGACGCAGCUCAAGGAAGAACAUUUAUGAUCAUUACUUCAUCAUUUCCUUGAAGUAAUAAUCAUCAUAUUAAUCAUUUUGAACUGCAGACGCGGUAGUUCUUCUGCCUUAGCGUCUCGGUCUGAUUGCAUUUCCAUGAAAAAAUGAUCAUAAAUGUUCUUCCUUGAGCUGCGCCCCCCCUUUGCAGUUGAUGGACUGCUAUCUGCGGUCGGCACUAAAGUUGGUAUUUAGAGAGGCAGGCAGUCGGCAACAUUCAUCUCUUGACGGGGUGUCUAACUCUGUGUUAGGUUGUGUUUGACCCUAACUUAAUUUUACACCGGAAUAUCCCUUUAAGAAGCUGAUUAGAGCCCUUUGAGGAUGGAAAACUACAUCACUGUAAUGCUUUAAGACAGUGUAUUUUUGAUUUUCCUGAGCUGACUGCUGUAUUCAUCGAAAUUCAAACUAAAAAGUCUCUAAUUUUUUUAGCUGAACACAUUACAGUGUGUCAUCUGUGGGAAGUCAUUAAGGCACAGUGUCAGUCAUGCUGCAGUUUAGACGACUUGAUGUAAAAUGGUGCAGCAGGGAGCUCUAUUUAUGUCCGACUACUCCUUUUCUGAAAUUAAAAGGGACUGAGGCUGUCGAGAGCAGGAGAACUCAGUGUUUUGGAAGCUAGGAAGAAAACGGAAUUUGAUCUGACCUUUAAUACAAAAUAAAACGAGUCUCAUUUAUAUACAUAUCAUGCUACUCUUGGGCCAUGCACUACACUCCUGAAGCUUCACCUCUUUUUACAGGAGGGAGAAAUUUGACAGAAAAGUUGGUAUUCCCAAAGUUUACUUUUAUCUCCACUGCCUUGAGAAAAAAAAAUCUGUGCAAAGUCAGAAUAUAGUUCCUAAACGUGAACACAGCCAGUGAAAGUUUAGAACAUUCACCACAAACGAUGAUGUAGGUGUGGCGUUUUACUUCUUUAUUCAGUUAUCAGCUCAUCUCAACAGCAAGCACUCCACUUCCAACCAAUGCAAUUUUGUUAAGGACACCAUCACACAUAUUAAAAAUCAUCCAGAAACAGUCAUCUGUAUGGAAAUUCCUUCUGGUCCUGCAUGCCCAGACUUUCUGUCAAAUCCAACCGUGUAUUUUGCAAAAUUAGAGGGAGGGGGCUCUACUGAUUUCCAUUUUUGAUGUGCAUGUGAAAAACAAGUGCAGGAAAAUGUAGGAUAUUUUCCAGGAAAGUGCGAUUAGUUUCCUUCUCUUGGGAUUUUUUUACUCUUGUUUAUAACAAGUUGGGAACUACACAUGCGUACCUUUAAUUUACUGUGAAUUUAGUGUAACUUUUGCCCUUCCAAUUCUUGCCACAUCCUUGUUAUUACCCACAGAUCCCAGCUUGUCAGUGUUUAUCCCUCUGAGUGCCCAAACAAGCCUGUGCAGGGAGCCACAUAUUUCUCUCUGAUAGCUGAAUCUUUGGUUUAUUUCUGAAAGCCCUUGCUGCCAGCGUCAAGAACACUUCGGCAGCUCCACUCUAACCAGCACUGGCAGUUAUAUUGGCCCUUGAUUAUAGCGGUACACUAGCAUGAAGCCAUGCGUUCAUUGUGAUUUUCCCUCUCAUUAAUCUGCCACACUCCUGUCUCUCCCUUUUUUCUUCUCCCCACCUCUCUUUCUCCUUGCCUCGCUUCCUGGAUUAGGAAGCCUCGUCCCGUCUCCCAGCUCGUCUCGCAGCAGCAGGUAACGCAGCAGUUUGUGUUGCCGUCGCAGCCCAAAAAGGAAAAGAAGGAGCGUGUGGAGAGGGAGAAGAGCGACAAAGAGCCAGCGCUUAAGAAGAACAGUCACAAGAAGAUGAGGUAAACAAACUGACACAAGGUGGAGGGGAGGGCUGUCACUGGGAUGCAUGAAUAAACAGAGGGAAGUAAGGGUGGUGUUCACGUUGCCACCUGUCGUUGGUUGAUGUUUUCUCGCUCUUCAUGAAGCACUUGAGUGUGAGAAACAGCAGGAAUAUAUUUUUAAGCAAAAGAUCGUGAAUUUCCUUCGUGAUUCAGUACAAUCAAAAGAUAUUAUUUUAUACCAUUUAAAGGGAUAUUCCGGCGUAAAAUUAAUUUAGGGUCAAACACACCUUAACACCGAGUUAGACACCCCCUCGAGAGAUAAAUGUUGCCGACCGCUUGCUUCUCUAGUUAUACCAACUUUAGUAAUGACCGCACGAUAGCAAUACACAGUGGUCUACGGCUCCACACACAAACCUGAACCAAAACGCCACUCUAUAGCCACAAAUAAUGCUCAGAACAGCACCUAACUUCAUCAACAGACGAGUCCAUUACGGACUACAGCUGGGGUGACGCAGCUCAAGGAAGAACAUUUAUGGUAAUUUCUUCAUGGAAAUGCAAUCAGACCGAGACGCUAAGGCAGAAGAACUACCGCGUCUGCAGUGCAAAAUGAUUAAUAUGAUGAUUAUUACUUUAAGGAAAUGAUAAAGAAAUGAUCAUAAAUGUUCUUCCUUGAGCUGCGUCACCCCGCAGCAGUCCGCAGUGGACUGGUCUGAGGUCUCCGUACAAACAAGAGGCUGCUGGAAGAGAGUAGGUGAGUUGUGUUUAGUCUCUUUGCUAAAGAAAUUUGGCAAAGUUAAAAAGAUGUUUGGUGGCUAGUGCUGUGGCUGUGACCCUAUAUGUACUGUUGAUGAAGUUAGGUGGUCGUUACUAAAGUUAGUAUAACUAGAGAAGCAAGCGGUCGGCAACAUUCAUCUCUCCAGGGGGUGUCUAACUCGGUGCUACGGUGUGUUUGACCCUAAACUAACUUUACGCUGGAAUGUCCUUUUAAUGCAGGUAGAAAUGUUGAUUCAAAUGUUUUUAACAAGUAGUCCACACAUAGUGUCUCCUCUCUUACAGAUUUUUUCUCACUUUUCCAAACCAUUUUCAUCCCUCAACAGACCGCGAUUAAAAAACAUCGACCGCAGCAGUGCCCAGCACCUCGAGGUGACAGUUGGGGACCUGACAGUCAUCAUUACAGACUUUAAGGAGAAGGCAAAGCCCACGUCCACCUCAACUACAUCGUCGUCAUCGUCGAGUGCUACGUCCACAGCCGACCACCACAGCCAGAACGGCUCCAGCUCAGAAACAACAGAGAAGGGGCUCUCCCGCUCGUCUUCACCUCGAGGAGAAGGCAGCUCAGUCAACGGGGAGUCCCACUGA